AUGGCCGACUCUCCUACCCCCAAGCCCAGCUCUACCCUCAAGGAACAGCCCAAGAUUGACAACCCGCUUCCCCAGCCACCCACGACACCCGCCAUAACGAUCACCCCACCGCCCAACGUCAAGAAAAGCAUACUGGCAAGCCUCGCCGGCAUGGUCCUCAACAUCAUCCUCUUCUGCAUCGGCUCCUUCUUCCCCGAAACCGUGACCAAGGGUCUCGUUCUUGUCCCCUUCUCCACCGAGCUCGGCAUCACAGUCGCGGCCCGUACUCUCAGCUGCACGGCCGCGGUGGUGGCCUCGAUCGCCCUCCUCAAGCUCCUCUUCGGCACGGGUCCCACUCGCGCCAACCUCGCCCAGGCCCUCCCUGCCAUCCUGUCCGGUCUCCUCGCCAGCUGGUUUUGGGUCGUCGGGACCAUCGUUCGCAUCGGUCAUGACCUCACAGAGACUGAUAAGGCCAAGCUCAAGAGCGUGGCCGGAUUGACGGCGGCGAGUCUUGGGCCUGUCCUCCUAGUGUACAUCGUGCUCCGCCGCGGCGCCAGUCGCGCGUAG